CCACCACCCUGUAUAUCCCACCCGCCCCUCGCACAUACCCCACAAAGAAUGCCGCACCAUAACCCAGCUGCGAGCGCAUCCGAUGAUGAAGACUGGGUCCCUCCUACAGAGGAAGAGUACAGGGAUCUGAAAAAGUACAAAUCAUUCAUUAUAGUGCCUAUGGAUACCCCUUAUUCCAUUGGUGAAUUUGUGUGGAUGCACCAUGACAAAUGCCGACCCUUGUCCGACUCGCCCCCCCGCCCUGCGCCAAGGCGCGUACGCCCUUCCCUCACACCCUCGCAAUCUCAACGCGAAGGAAGCACCGCCAGCCUCGCUCCCAGUGCGGCCACAGGCGAAGGUUCGUCCGGCGCCCUGGUCAGCGCAGAGGAGGAGGAGAGGCAGUGGCAGAGGAGGGAGGUGAAUAAGAUGUGGAAGGCGGGGCAUUGGAUUGGGAGGAUCAUUGAAGUGAGGGCAAGGGGGAAUAUGUAUGUUUGGAUGAAGAUAAGGUGGAUGUGUAGGACUAUCAGCGAGUUGAAAGAGCAAGAUGUCAAAACCGGCUUACCGCGUUCAAAACCCGCCGGCCGCGAAAUCUUCAUGCUCGGCCCAGAAUACGACGCCAUACAACCAGUCGGCACCGUCGAAGGCCGCGUCCCCGUCGUCCUAUUCGACGAGUCCAACCCGAUCCCGCCGGAAGAUCAAGAGAUUGAUGAAGAGACGAUCUGGUAUAGGCAUGAGGCGAGGAUGCCGAAUGAGAUGGAGAUGGAGCUGCUUCAUCCGAGGGCGAGCGCUGGGUCGGAGGCUGGGCCUGGGGGCGGAGGUGGGAGGGGUGGGAGGGGUGGGAAGGGGAAGGGGAAGAGGGGGAGGAGCGAGGAACCGUAUCAACCAACAUCGUGCUACUGCGGCGACCCCUACCUCCCCAUCGCCACGAAACCAGAACUCAUGGCGCUUUGUCCCAACCCCGGCUGUCUGAGAUGGUUCCACCUCGGCUGCCUGGACUGGACCGGCCGAGGGCACGACCACCGUCUGCCUUCCCUCACGCCUUCCUCUUUGGCCUACAUCCGCAAGUCGGGGCUGGCGCUGGCGAAGUAUAUGGUUGACAGUACGCCUGCGGGUUCGGGUUUGCCUGUGCCGCCCAUGUCGGCUUCGACUGUUUCUUCUUCGCCUAGCCAGAUCAACGGCAGCGGCCAUGUCAAUGGCCAGGGACAGACGCAGACGCAGGCGCCAGAGAUAAGGACCUCCCAAACAGCCCUCCGCCGCGCCCUCACUCCAGCGUGGUCCUGGGCAAACCGCCACCCCCAAGCCGAAGGUCUCCCAGCCGAUACCCUACCGUCGCCUACCGACUCUCAAGCCCUGUUGGAAGUCGGGUUGAAAGAGUCGCUUUUGCUGGAUUCUGAAGCUCGGGCGAAGGGCAGGGGGCGGAGUGUGGAGGGAGAGGGGGAGGGGGAGGGGGGGAAGGAGGAAGGGGUGGAUAUGAGGCUUGGGGAAGAGGUAAUUGCUGCUGCUGAGGGUGUUAUCGUCCGAGGUAAGGGUUAUGGCACCGGGGGGAACGCGAGGAAAAUACUGUCGGCGAGGUGGAUCGUGCAUCAAGCUGCCCUUUCGCCGCCUUCCCCUUCCCCUCUUCCUCUUGUCUCUGGUUCUGGGACAUCAGGCGGAGGACAAGGAGAAGACAGGAUAGUGAGGUUGGUGAGAGAAUGGGAGACAAAGUGGGGUGGGGUGGAGGGGUUGGAGGUUAGGAGGUGUGUUUGGAGUUGUCCGGGGUGUGAGAGGUUGAUGUAG